UUAAUUGAGGUUUGCUUGGUUGUUUAGCUAGCUAUUUGGCUAUAGUCUUCAGUUAACGUAACUGGCUUAGCUAGCUACCUGUCCUUGCUCUACCACGCUGGCUACCGUUACGUCGUUAGCUAGUUCGUUGAUGGCCAGUCUAGGUAACGUUAGCGAAGUUAAGAUACUAUUUUCAGUCUGUUGAUGGUUACUAGUUGGUAACGUUAGUGUUGCUAGGGUCUUUCUUGGCCAUGCUCUGAAUCUAACGUUAGUUUGCUGUCAAGUUAGCUUAACGUUAGCUAACAGUAACAGGCCUCGUUAUGUUAUCUAGUUAUAUACUCAACUCAUAGAUGUGGUGGUUAACUUUAGCCAAUUACUUCGGAUAAGUUGAUUAGGAGCAGUUACAUUGGACAAGGAGAAGCUAUUUAGAUAUGCGUUUAAUUGAACGUGCAAACAUAGGUUAGGUGUUAGCAGAAUUGUUGCCGUCGCUAGUUAGCUGACUGGUUCUGACUGGCACUAAACUUGUGUAGUCGUUUGCUGAUGCUCCCGCUUAGUCUCUGUAGCGUUAGCUGUUAGAAACAUACAGAACGGUAUUGGCCAAUUGUCAUGCAUUGCCUGUUACUUGUGCAAGAGCAUCUUCCUACAGCAUCAGUUUCAAGUUUUCGGGGUCUUUCCCACCAAGUUGGUUUGGUGCGGUUUUUCCCAAACUCUUGUUAAAUCCACAUCAGUGUAGAUGAAGGGGAGGAAGUAUUUUGAGACAUGAGUUGUGUAUAUGUGCCAUUCAGAGGGUGAAUGAGUAAGACAAAAUAUUUACGUGUUUUUGAAUAUGGCAUGGUACGGUAGUAGGUACCAGGUGCACGGAUGUGUCAAGAACUGCAACACUGCUAGGGGGUUUUUCUUCAUAAAAGCGUCUUCUAAAUGGCAUUAUUUAUUGUAUUAUUUAAACUCUCCACUGUUUCCCGUGUGUAUCAAGAAUGGUCCACCACCCAAAGGAUAGCCAGCCAACUUGACACAACUGGGGGAAGCAUUGGAGUCAACGUGGUCCAGCAUCCCUGUGGAACGCUUUCGACAGUCCAGUCCAUUCCCUGAUGAAUUGAUGCUGUUCUGAAGGCCAAAGGGGGGGUGCAACUCAAUAUUAGGAAGGUGUUCCUAAUGUUUUGUACACUCAGUGUAUAGUUUAGUGAGUGUACCUCAGUGCAAGAUAGUUUGUGUAUCAUUAAUUCAGUAUUUAGCAGUCUUUUUUGUUGUCUCGGGGCCUUUUGGUCCAAGAGCCAAUGUUCCGGUACUGUUUGCCGGGCGGUAGCAGAGUGAACAGUCUAUGGCUUGGGUGGCUGGAGUCUUUGGCAAUUUUUCAGGCCUUCUUCUGACAUCGCAUAAUAUAGAGGUACUGGAUGGCAGGGAAGUCGGCUCCAGUGAUGUGCUGGGCUGUCUUCACCACCCUCUGUAGCGCUUUGCGGUCAAGAGUGGUGCAUUUUCCGUACCAAGCGGCGACGCAGCCAUUCAAGAUGCUCCCGACUGUGCAGCUGUAGAACUUUUGAGGAUCCGAGGGCCCCAUGCUAAAUCUUAUCAGCCUCCUGAGGGAGAAGAGGUGCAGCCGUACCCUCGUCGUGGUGUUCCUCGACUCCCCCUGCCAGAAACUGGAUGAACCUGCGUGAUGCUGAGACCGGGAAGGUGCUGUGGCAGGGAACGGAGGAUCUGUCUCUUCCUGGGGUCGAACAUGAAGCUCGAGUCCCCAAGAAAAUUCUCAAGUGCAAAGCUGUGUCCAGAGAGCUAAAUUUCUCUUCGUCAGAAAAACUGGAAAAGUUCCGCCUUGAGCAGAAGGUUUUCUUCAAAGGCCAGUGCUUAGAAGAAUGGUUCUUUGAGUUUGGCUUUGUGAUUCCCAACUCCACAAACACAUGGCAGUCUUUGAUAGAGGCGGCUCCAGAGUCGCAGAUGAUGCCCGCAAAUGUUUUAACUGGAAAUGUUGUUAUAGAGACCAAGUUCUUUGAUGACGAUCUUCACGUCAGCACCUCCCGAGUACGACUUUUCUAUGUCUGAAGAAGAACGAACAACUUACUUUUUUAUUUUCUAUUAAUCCUUGAAGUGAGAGGGUGUGUGGGGGGGGGGGAAACAGGACCAUGCAUACACAACUGUUGUUGUUAUCCAAUGGUCACUGGAAGCCAAGUUCGACGGAGUGCAUUUCUCUUUACAGUGACGGGUGACCGCAGCACUAAAGGGAACAAUGCAGGAAGAAACCGACAUCCAACCAAGUCAUCAAGAUCACACUGGCUUCUUGGCAGACAAGACUUUUUGUAUGUAAAUAUAUAUAUAUAUUUGGGCAAAGAUGAUGCUCAUGGCAAGAAACCAUGUAAAUUAUUUUAUUUGUACAUUCAUUUUUUUCCUUGUCAUUCCAGAAAUGUCACCUUGCGAUGUACACUGCUCCAUUGUCACCUUGUGUUUUUGAUGUUUGCUUCCAAUUCAUGUUGUGGUUGCUGAUAUUGUCAUUGUUUGGAUUUUUUUUUUAUAUAGCUGUUACUAAUCUUGUAAAAUAGGCUGUGUUUAUUACUACACGAAUUAUGGAUUAAAAUAUGUUCACUACA